UAUGCGUGUUGCUUAUGUAAUGGUCUAUGUAGCCUCUACAUACUCUCUCGUGUUCUUGUUGGUUCCGUUCAUAUCGGUAUCCCUUAUCUUUUCCUUCUUCUUCUUCUUCUUCCACUUGCCCCAACCCCAUCGAAUCCCAGAAACAGAUCAAGAAGCAGUAACUUGUAUAGAAGAUGGAAAACGAUCAAACCACAAGAACAACGAAGACGACGACGACGACGACGACGACGAAGGAAACGACAAACGAAACGACUCAAGAACUAACCAUCCCAGCCUCAUCAGAACUCAUCACCGAACCAACCCAACUACUCGGACUCUUCCCAAUCGAACAAGACCAUGAGACCUUUGACUCACUCAACAUCCUCUCAGAACUAGCAACCUCAGUAGUCCAAACCACCCAACAACAUCCAAACCAACCUCAACAGCAAGAACAACAACAAGAACAAGAACAACUAGAACAACAAGCCUCGAUCUCAGAUAAUGCAUUCCAAGCACUACUACUAGCCUCACUCUCUGACCCAUUCCCAACCAACCCAUCCGCAUCAUCAUCAUCCUCAAACUCAUCAGCAAACCAAAGAAAACAACAAAAGCAACAACCAUCAUCAUCAUCCAACUCACCGUCAUCACCCACUUCAACCUUCAACCUACUCAGCUCACUCGACUUCCAACAACUCUCAUCAUCAACAAUAGCAGCAACAGCAACAGCAUCAGCCCCUCAAUCACAACUCCAACAUCAACAAUCCCCUGCCCUCGAACAACUCAAUCUCCAUCUCUCACCCGAUACAAACCAACUACAGCUCAACAAUAAUAAUAUUCAAUUCAAUCACUCAAACGAACACCAUUUUAUCACCCAACACCAACAUGCCCAGGAUCUACUCUCUGCUCUAUCCGCACUCCAAACCGAUCCAAACCAACUCAACAACACCCUCACACAAGAUCCAAUAGAACUCCAUCAUCCUCAUCAUCAUCAUCAUCAACAGGAAGAACUUGACUUCGAUGACCCAACCCUCUUCUCUCCCUUCGACCCAGAGCAGGACCAAAUCCCAAACCAACCGGUCUCUCUCACCGAUCAAAUCGACCUCCUCUUCGGAUCUCAACCUCUCACCCCUCAAGCCUCAUCAUCCUCAACAACUGCAGCCACCUCUAGGAAGGUCUACUCAAACUCAUUCUCAUUCCAACAACAACAGAAUCAGCAGCAACAGCAGCAACAGAUCGCAAACCAACAACAACACCAAGACCUUCUCAACCAUCUCGACAGUCAACUCGAUCUCUAUAACCAUCUCCCUCUCGACCAGCAUCACGAGUUCAACUUCCUCUUCGAUCCUGACUACCAAACCAAUCCUCAUCCACUCCAUCAAACCCAAGAGCAACAACAUCUAGACGAAUAUCAAUCUUAUUAUCAGCCUCCCGAUGAUCAUCAGGAUACCGAUGAUCUCUUGGCCAGAUUGGAUCAUGGUAUCAUGAUCACUCAGGAGGAAAUCAAACUCAAUAAACUCGACGGCUCGAUCGAAGACUCGUUAAAUCUUAAUCAAGUUUAUCUCGAUCAGAUCAAAAAAUCGCUCGAGCAUCUUAACUCAUUGCACCAGAAAGCUCAGAAAUUCUUGUCGAUUUCGAAACACUGUGUUCAAGAAAUCCAGCAACAACAACGAUCCGCGUCCUCAUCCAAACUCUCUUCAACCCACCCCGCCCCGCCCGAUCCAGCCGCGAAGAACCUGAGUCUAGUCUCCGACCAGAUCUCGGCGAUCUCCUUGCCUUGGUUCAAACAUCAAUUCGGAGUGGACCUGCCUAGUUUCGAAGAUGCUAAGAAACGAGACCAGUAUAAUAGUCUCUUGCACCAACAACCAUGGCAGCCUCCUGAACGCAGAAAGUUGGACGACGAGGUGGCGGGGAUAUUGCGACUAAACAACCAAAACAGGAGCGCGAUUGAUUGGGAUCGGGUGGCUAAGAAUAAAUUCACUGUCGUUUUUGUGGUGAUCGUCUUUAGUUCCCCGAUCGGAAGCCGAUCGAAUGCAGAUGCUAUGGACCCACAAACAGGACUCUUCACUCAAACAAUCUAA